ACACACACACACCCCUUUAUGCUCAAAUGUCUUUAAAAAACAUUUUCUCUUACUGUAAAAACAGCUUCCACGUGACAUUUGAUAAGCACAGUCCGUGUGUUUCCCUGUUCUAUUUAGGGAAUCAUGACAGCAUGCAAAUUUGUUCUGGCUGCAGGACCUGCACGCUCUCACUGUACACACAGCUCUCAUAACCUGUUUAAACCUGGCAUCCUUUAAAAAAAACAAAAAACUUUCACAUCACCUUUUACUGCUAACUCGAAGCUGCUGGCAGCAGCUGUAGGGAAGCAAGUCUUUCUUUAAACCUGUCCAGGGUUGACACUGACUUACUUAACCUGGGAUGUGACCGAGCUCGCUUAUUUAUGUACUGCAAUCCGAUCACAAUGCAUGCAUGCGGCAUAGCCAGUGCAUUUAAAUGGCAGCUGUAAAAAGCAGAAAUGACCUCCAGCUUGUUCAGCUGUUCACUAGGUGUUAAAAUCUUACUUUGAUUUGCUGCUUAAAGUGAAUGUGACUGACUCCUUCGUUAUAGUUGUCGCUGCAGCCCCUUGUCAUUUCAGCUCACCUCCUUCCUCCCUUCAUGAGAGCUCUCUUCCGACUUGCUUCCACUUGUAAACGAGAUUAGAAAAGCAGAUACUCAUAUUAGGGAUAUCCCAUCUCACUGACAUCACGCAGAGCCAAGAGCAGAAACAACCUUUAAUAAAGUUUGAGAGCAACCUGAAGCCUGAGCCUUAUAGGGGCAUACUGUGACGUCACAGAAGAGACAGAAAUGAAGAAAAACCAGUAUAGGGCCAAUCCAAUAAUCUGUAUAACCAUCUAAUGAGACAUGCUGAACACAAAAAUGUGUUUUUGGUUUUUUCUAAAUUGAUUUGUAACAUCCGCUGGGUGCAUGUUUCAGAUUAUGUGUCUUAAUCUAGUGUAACGGACAUGUGACGAUCAGCCUGGGUGAUCUACUGAAAAAAGAACAAAAAACGCUGACCUUGUGACCCAAAUCAUCCUCAGUGAGUCGGUCCGCUCCGGUCACAAGAUGCCUGAGCAGGCGGGGGGACUUUCCUCGGACAUGUAGGUCAGUUUGCUGGAGCUCGGCGCUGUGAGAAGUCGACCCCUCGGGACAGCAGAGAUGACCGUAAACCUUCAGUCUCUCCGUUUUUGCUCUAAAUGCAGGAAAUGAAGUCACUCCAGAGGAUUUGUUUUUCUGGAUGGUGACUUCAUUAUUCCGGUUUUAUUAAGUUUGCUUUUUCAAUGGAAAGCGAUUCUACAGCUGUAAAGUCCCGUUUUGUAAAAUCUGGAUAAUCGCACACGAUGAUGUCCCGUUUUAGAAAAUAUGUAGACAGUGCCUCGGCCUCGGCCUCUAUUUUGAGCGUGGGAAUAUUCAGAUAUGUUGGAUUUUCCAGUAUUAUUUUCUUUGCAGCAAGCAUACACCAGGGGAACCCCCCCCCCAAGCAGAAAGGAGUGAGCAGAGAAGCCCUCAAAGACAAACAUCUUUGUCUUUGAAGCAGAGGUGGUGGUCGCUCGUAUACAAGAGCAGAUGAGGCCAAAAUUCCUGAUUUUAACACUGUAGCUCUGCACUUCAGAGAAUCAGCUGUCAAACAGAUGCCCUGGAUUUGCUUUUUUAUUGAGUUUUGAUGGUGGCACUCCUUUUUACUUUUGAACCAUGCUGGCUGCUUUAUGUGGCGGCUAAUGCUAAAAAAUUCUCAUAAGACAGAUUUCAGGGGGACAUUUAAGACUAUUGUAAGUGUUGGGGUUACACUUGUGAAUCUUUGAAUCGGUGGGUUUUAUUUAGUCCCAUUUCCCUAAGUGUGAAAAAUCUGUUGUGCAGUCUGCCUUCUACAAAAACCCUUUGAAAGAAAAAGCUCACUGAAUUUGAGUUCAAUGCUAUAAAGGAUGCCACCUUUGCAGGAAUCAAUCCCCACCCCCAAAUCUGAAAUAAUUUUUUGAUAGUUCAGGCUUUUCACUUUGACACAGUCGAAUACGUCCAGUUUUCAAACCAUACUGAACUGUGCUCUCAUGUAAGAAAGGAUGUGAAUCAUUGUUUCAGAUUUUCCUGUGAAAUUCAGCUCGUUCCAGUUAAAAUAAAGAUAUUUGAGCCAAUCAUUACAGUAAAAAUGGAAUCUUUGUUGCCCCUCCUGUGUGCUGGCAGUCGUUGUAACCCCAGGAGAAGUUACAGAUCCCGAGUGGUCGAAGGCUCGAGAUGUGAGAAAAAACCCGGCAGCAGGAGUGUGUGUGUGUGUGUCCUCUCUUACCUCACUGUGAAGUCAGCUGACAAACAGACCAAUUUGUUUAUGGGGCAGCAUGUUUAGGCAGGCAGUGUUGGACUGUACCAACAGGAUAGGGGUGUGUGUGUCCAUACUGUGAAAUCAGGUGAAAAGCAGUUUUCUUCCUUCCAGGACUAAAAAUGGAGGGUACACGGUGAAGUCAUUGUCAGUUCACAGCUGCAGAGUGUGUGUGUGUGUGUGUGUGUGUGUAUGUUGACAAGAAAAGGCAGCGUCAGUAGCUGAAUGUCAGCAGACACCUUCAGCCCUUUGUCUGUGCAGACGAGGUCGACCUGCUUCCUCCUUAAAACUAAUAAGCUGCUUGUCUUUGAGUGUGCAUGUUAAUUGAAUGGGUGUGUGUGCGAGAGAGAGUGUGUGUGUGCUGCCAGUGGGGAAUAAGCAACCAGUGUUUCCACACACUGGUCCACAGACGAGGACGGCGGCUCGUCUGAGCGGAGCAUGAAGCUCAGUUUGCUGCUGUGUCAGUUUUUUAUUCCUGCUGCCCGAAAUGCUCGGUGACAUCACACAGAAGGGCUAUGAGAAGAAGCGAUCCAAGCUGAUUGGAGCCUACUUACCUCAAGCACCAGGAAUGGAUCCGUCCAUGGGCCAGGAGAGGAGAACGCCCGUCACCCCGUCGUCGUCCUCCCGCUACCACCGCCGGCGGUCUUCUGGCUCCAGAGACGAACGUUACCGAUCAGAUGUGCACACGGAGGCGGUGCAGGCAGCCCUGGCAAAGCACAAAGAAAGAAAGAUGGCGGUGCCGAUGCCUUCGAAGAGGCGGUCGCUUGUGGUCCAGAGCUCCAUGGACGCCUACACACCACCAGACACCUCCUCAGGCUCAGAGGGCGAAGGUCAGGGCGACGGUGAUGAAGAAGAGGGAGGAGAAGGUGAAGAAGAAGACGGAGGAGGCGGCGGAGGAACCUCGUCCAGCCAGGAAGGGAGCAUAAGCAUGGAGCACUGGAUCAGCAGGGCAAUCCACGGCACCUCCUCCACCACCACCACCACCUCGUCAACAGCCUCCUCGUCCUCGUCCUCCACACGCAGCGGCGGGAGCGGGGCAGCGGCCGGCAGGCUGGCUGACGUGCUGGCCCAGCAUGUUCACAUUUCCUCCUCGCACCACCACCGCCACCACCAUCACCACCACCACCACAGUAAAGGCCUUUUAAGCCACCUCUCCUUGAGAAGGAGGAGGGCAGUGCCAGCUGGUAUGAUAGAGAAUGGAAACUCUGGUCCACGACGCUCCGAGAACCACUCUGCCCCUCCAGAUGUCACCGGCUACACCAACAAUACCGCCAACACCACCGCGACCGACGCCAUCCAGGUGGAGAGAGCCCCAGGCGCUGGCACCGCAGCCCAAAGACAGACACCCAAGUACGGCAACGCGGAGCUGAUGGAAACUGGAGACGGUGUUCCAGUCAGCAGCAGAGUUUCAGCCAAAAUACAGCAACUCGUCAACACUCUGAAGAGACCCAAACGGCCGCCAUUAAGAGAGUUUUUCGUCGAUGACUUUGAAGAGCUUUUGGAGGUCCAGCAGCCAGACCCUAACCAGCCCAAGGCUGAAGGGGCACAGAUGGUACCCAUGCGGGGUGAGCAGCUGGGUGUGGUGACCAACUGGCCCCCUUCUCUGGAGGCAGCCCUUCAGAGGUGGGGCACCAUCUCUCCGAAGGCCCCGUGUCUCACUACCAUGGAUACUAACGGCAAGCCGCUCUACGUCCUCACAUAUGGUAAACUGUGGUCCAGAAGUGUGAAGGUGGCGUACAAUCUGCUGCACAAACUGGGAACCAAACAAGAACCGCUCGUGAGACCUGGAGACCGGGUGGCGCUAGUUUUCCCUAACAAUGACCCCGCCUCCUUCAUGACAGCCUUCUAUGGCUGCCUGCUGGCUGAGGUGGUUCCUGUGCCAAUAGAAGUACCGCUGACCAGGAAGGACGCCGGCAGUCAGCAGAUUGGGUUUCUGUUGGGGAGCUGUGGAGUGACUGUAGCUCUGACCAGUGACGCCUGCCAUAAAGGGUUACCCAAGAGUCCCACUGGAGAGAUCCCACAGUUUAAAGGCUGGCCGAAGGUGAUGUGGUUCGUCACGGAGUCCAAGCACCUCUCCAAACCGCCCCGAGACUGGUUCCCACACAUCAAGGAAGCCAACCAGGACACUGCCUACAUCGAGUAUAAGACGUGUAAGGACGGCAGCGUCCUCGGAGUGACGGUGAUGAGGAUAGCGAUGCUCACGCACUGCCAGGCCAUCACACAGUCCUGCUCAUACACAGAAGCUGAGACCAUUGUGAAUGUACUAGACUUCAAGAAGGAUGUAGGACUGUGGCACGCCAUCCAGACAAGUGUGAUGAACAUGAUGCACGUCAUCAGUAUUCCCUACGCCCUCAUGAAGGUCAACCCGCUGUCCUGGAUCCAAAAAGUCUGCCAGUACAAAGCUAAGGUGGCCUGUGUGAAGUCGCGGGAUAUGCACUGGGCUCUGGUGGCCCACCGGGAUCAGCGGGAUGUCAAUCUGAGCUCCCUGCGGAUGCUUGUGGUGGCUGAUGGUUCAAAUCCCUGGUCGAUCUCGUCUUGUGACGCCUUCCUCAACGUCUUCCAGACGAAAGGUUUGAAGCCGGAGGUCAUCUGCCCGUGUGCCAGCUCCCCCGAGGCGCUGACUGUGGCUAUACGCCGGCCGCUGGAGGAGGGCACCACCCCUCCUGGUCGCGGCAUCCUGUCCAUGCAGGGUCUGAGUCACGGCGUGAUCCGGGUCGACUCGGAGGAGAAGCUGUCGGUGCUCACGCUGCAGGACGUCGGCUCCGUCAUGCCCGGAGGUCUGAUGUGUGUAGUGAAGCUCGAAGGUGUUCCCCAGCUCUGUAAAACAGAUGAGAUCGGAGAGAUGUGCGUUUGUACUGUUGCCACGGGGACCUCCUAUUACGGCCUGGCCGGUAUGACCAAGAACACGUUCGAGGUCUUUCCCGUGUCCAACAACGGCACUCCCAUCAGCGAGUUUCCCUUCACCAGGACCGGCCUGCUGGGAUUCAUCGGACCUGCAGGUCUGAUCUUUGUUGCUGGGAAGAUGGACGGUCUGAUGGUGGUCGGUGGGCGUCGGCACAAUGCUGACGACAUUGUUGCUACGGCGCUGGCUGUGGAGCCCAUGAAGUUCGUUUACAGAGGACGGAUAGCAGUGUUUUCCAUCACGGUGCUCCAUGAUGAGAGGAUCGUGGUCGUGGCUGAGCAGCGGCCGGACUCGACUGAGGAGGACAGCUUUCAGUGGAUGAGUCGAGUUUUGCAGGCGAUAGACGGUAUCCACCAGGUGGGGGUGUACUGCCUGGCUCUGGUCCCCUCCAACACUCUGCCCAAGACUCCACUGGGUGGCAUCCACCUGUCCGAGACCAAGCAGCUCUUCCUGGAGGGGGCGCUGCACCCCUGCAACGUGCUCAUGUGUCCGCACACCUGCGUAACGAACCUGCCCAAACCCCGGCAGAAGCAGCCAGAGAUCGGUCCUGCGUCUGUGAUGGUCGGGAAUCUGGUGUCGGGAAAGAGGAUCGCCCAGGCCAGCGGCAGGGAUCUGGGUCAGAUCGAAGACAAUGACCAGGCAAGGAAGUUCCUCUUCCUGUCUGAGGUGUUACAAUGGAGAGCCCAGACCACUCCAGACCACGUCCUGUACACACUCCUCAACUCCAGGGGUACGAUAGCCAGCUCUCUGACUUGUGUUCAGCUGCACAAGAGAGCAGAGAAGAUCGCCGCCAUGCUGGCUGAACGGGGCCACCUGCAGGAUGGAGACCACGUUGCACUGGUCUACCCUCCAGGAAUCGACCUCAUCGUGGCGUUUUAUGGCUGCCUUUACGCCGGCUGUGUGCCAAUCACGGUGCGGCCGCCUCACCCGCAAAACAUCGCCACCACGCUGCCCACCGUCAAGAUGAUCGUGGAGGUGAGCCGGUCGGUGUGCGUGAUGACCACGCAGGUCAUCACUAAACUGCUGAGGUCCAAAGAAGCCUCGGCGGCCGUGGAUGUCCGGACCUGGCCUCCUGUCAUGGACACAGACGAUUUGCCAAAGAAGAAACCUCCUCUGCUGUAUAAACCGUCCAACCCCGACACCCUGGCCUACCUGGACUUCAGUGUCUCCACCACCGGCAUGCUCGCUGGAGUCAAAAUGUCUCACACAGCCACCAGUGCCUUCUGCCGCUCCAUCAAGCUGCAGUGUGAGCUUUACCCGUCCAGAGAGGUCGCCAUCUGCUUGGACCCGUACUGCGGCCUGGGCUUUGUCCUCUGGUGCCUUUGCAGUGUGUACUCAGGUCACCAGUCCAUCCUGAUCCCUCCGUCCGAGCUGGAAGUGAACCCGGCUCUCUGGCUGUCAGCCGUCAGUCAGUACAAAGUUCGCGACACCUUCUGCUCCUACAGCGUCAUGGAGCUCUGCACCAAAGGCCUCGGCCUGCAGACGGACUCGCUGAAGGCUCGAGGGCUGGACUUGUCUCGAGUGAGGACCUGCGUGGUUGUAGCAGAGGAGCGUCCCAGGAUAGCCCUGACGCAGUCCUUCUCCAAACUCUUCAAGGACCUGGGACUCCACCCCCGAGCCGUCAGCACCUCCUUCGGCUGCAGGGUCAACCUGGCAAUCUGCCUGCAGCCUCACAGGCUGGGAAAACUUGCCGACCAGGGCACCUCAGGACCUGACCCCACAACUGUUUAUGUUGAUAUGAGGGCGCUGCGACAUGACAGGGUCAGACUCGUAGAGCGGGGAUCGCCACACAGCCUGCCACUGAUGGAGUCCGGGAAGAUCCUGCCGGGGGUCAGAAUCAUCAUCGCCAACCCAGAGACCAAGGGACCAAUGGGAGAGUCACAUCUGGGAGAGAUCUGGGUGCACAGUGGCCACAACGCCAGCGGUUACUUCACCGUCUACGGGGACGAGGCGCUGCAGUCCGACCAUUUCAACUCCAGGCUCAGCUUUGGAGACACGCAGACCGUCUGGGCUCGGACCGGAUACCUGGGCUUCCUGCGCAGGACGGAGCUCACCGACGCCAGCGGAGAGCGCCACGAUGCCCUGUACGUGGUCGGUGCUUUGGAGGAAGCCAUGGAACUCAGAGGGAUGCGUUACCACCCCAUCGACAUCGAGACCUCCGUCAUCAGGACGCACAAGAGCAUCACAGAGUGCGCGGUGUUCACGUGGACCAACCUGCUGGUGGUGGUGGUGGAGCUGGACGGUUCGGAGCAGGAGGCCCUGGACUUGGUCCCCCUCGUCACCAACGUGGUGCUGGAGGAGCACUACCUGAUCGUGGGCGUGGUGGUGGUGGUGGACAUCGGCGUCAUCCCCAUCAACUCCAGAGGGGAGAAGCAGAGGAUGCACCUGCGGGACGGCUUCCUGGCCGACCAGCUGGACCCAAUCUAUGUGGCCUACAACAUGUAGCGCCCCCUGGUGGCUGAAGAAUUGAGGAAGAUGCAAAGAUAAUUCUGCUCCAGAGACCGAAGGAAGGAAAAGCGGAGCCGAGGCAGAGUUUCCGGCGCGAAGGGGAGGAGGUGGUCGACUUUUUUGCCCUGAAUUUUGGUGCUUACUCCCAGGCUGCGUAACCGCUGCAAACUAGCUCCCAGAAUCCAGCGCUGGCAUCUAGAUUGCAUUCAGGUCAUACUCAGUCUGAGAGGAAGUGCGGUCCCCGGGUCGUGCCGACUGUUUACCGAAAAGUGGAAAACUCGCAGCAGUAGAGGACAAUCGUUAGGAAAGAUCCCGGCUUUUAAAGUGCGUGUGGCUCACUCGCUAUUUUCAUGUUAUUUGCUUUCCUUAGGCUAUUUUUUUGAAAAGGAUAUUUACACACAAAGAGAAAAAAAACCUAAACGAUAUCGACCAUUACAAAGUGCGACAUAUGUUUUGAUACGAGGGCGGGGUCUGAGGGGAGCGCGUCGCAGCCGCCCCCCGGUUUUACGAUGAGGUACGUUUCUUUCGUAUUUUUCUUUUUUUGUUUGGAAUCGUUAUUUUCUGAAGCCCCAUCUCAGCUAAAGUCGGCGUGCUAAUUUUCAUAUACUAACAGCUGCAGCCUUCAACUCCGUUUAUUUUUCCGUACAAACUAACGGCUUCGACCGAAGCUAAACAUAAAUUCAUAUCAUGUAAGUAUGUACAAACAGAAACUGAUUUAAUUUAUUUUGUUUCUCUGUUAGAAGUAUAUGACGAGACAUUCGAGAAUGUUUUGCUCUUGAAUAUUUGCUAAUAUUACGAAAAAGAAAAAAAGCAUUGUAUUAUCUUGAGUGAAACAAACUCACAUCAAGCCUAUUAUUGAAAAUAGAAAUAUAUGAUUAUAGAUUAUAUUGAAGAUGAGCGUAAGGAUUAAUCCCAGACAAAAGCAGAAGCAUGAGGGGCCGUGCGUCUGCACGUUGGUCUGAAAUGUGUCGGUCAAAUGGGAAUUAUAAAAGCGAUGCUCCGAGUUUUAUUCCAGCUUUCGUGUGAAGAGUUCUGAUCCUGUCCUGGGAAUAAACAGAAACGUUGUUUUUAUGCUCUUAAAUAUUAAAACAAAUCCCUAAAAGUUCCCAAAAGUUAUUUUUUUUUAUAGUCGGCUCUUUUUCUAAUAACAGAGGAUGAAAGUAAAACUUUGCCAGAAAUGUAAAGAAUCAGAAGUUUAGGUGUUAUUGAAUGUUGCUCUGUUUGAAUUUGCCUUUAUUUUAGAUUUCCAUCUAUUAUUGGGGCAACUUUUCCAGCUCAGUCACAGGGAUAAUUAUUUGCCUACAAGGUGAUGGAGAGCAUUGAGUGUCAGGGCUGUUACAGUGAAGUUCAUCGCAGUAACCAGGAUAUCUGUAGCUAAUGUGAGCAUUUUAGAUUAAUAGUAAAUAAUGGGAAAUUAAUCUACAACUUUGUUUUGUUGACUUUUUAAUCAUUUUAAAAGCCUAAAUGUCUCGUACGGUCUCUCAGUCAAAGUUGUUAAUUUUAGAUCCUGACAAAUUUAUCACGUUUGCCAAUUUAUCAGUAGGAGCGUUUUAGAUAUACUGAUCCAUGAAAAUUAAAGAAGAGGUGGGAGAAAUGCCCUCCAUACAUAUGGAUGAGUCAGCUGAUCCGGGCUGGAGAAUAGUGAAAUCUGUUUGUUAAAUCCUCAAAUAUCAGUAUCGCUCUCAAGAAUUACAAAGAAAUGGUUUCCUUCAGAUAGAGACAUGAGAGUGGGAACGUGGUUUGAUAGCAGGGAUUGAAAAGUAAAUUAUGAUAUGAUAGUGGCACAUUACGUUGCUGUUAACAGUAACAAUAAAGUGUGUGGCAUCACGUUCCCCUCGUUUAUAAGCAUCAGCAGGAGAAUGAAGACUGAUUCAAAGUAUUUCACUAAAAAUAUCGAUAUUUGGCACUAGUAUCAGCAUGUUGCUGUGUUUACAUUUUAGCCCCCUUCAGUUUGGAACUACAGAUCUCGUGACUAAUGCAGUCCAAUAAUUUAUAACAAACGUCUUUUGAAAAUGUAUCAUCUGAGUCAGGAGAUUCGUUGCCAUCUAGUGGCGACUAGAGGAAAUUACAACAGGCUUGUUUUUGGUGUGGUUGGCGCCUUUGGGUCAGAACUCUUCACGCGUCACGUUUCUCUGGGAACAAACAGGUUUACUGAUCUUUAAAAUGUUAAGUAGGAACAUCUGUCGCUUUUCAAACUCUCACAGCUGGACCGAAACGUUCCUUCAGACAGACCGUCAGCAGCGCUCGUUGGACUCGUUUUAUCACCUCCGGCUCGGAAAAGGCGAAUCACCCCGAAAGUGGCAGUUGUAAAUAUCAAAGUGGGAAGUCCUUCAUAUUUUUACACGGACUGAUCAAUCAGGGCUCAUACAGUGAUGUCACAACAGGAAGAAAGGUGUUUUUGCCAGAGACCCUUUAACUCGUUAGAGCUGCGGGGAGGUCGGAGCAGGAGGGCCUUCUUCAUCGUCUUUGGCGGAGAAUGUUCUAGUUUCAAUGCCAGGAUUUUUUUUAAAGUAAAAAAAGCACUUUCUUCAGAGUUUGUUUUUCUUUCUUUUAUCGGCAAAAUGUAUGUCCCUUUUUUUAAGGUUUAAAAAUGUCUUAUUUGAGUUGACAUAAAAUCUUUCAGUUAAAUAAACAUUUCAACAAUUUUGACAAGAA